AUGUUCUUCGCUAUGAAGUACUUCGUAGCCUUGCUUUUGAUGGCAAUCGCUUCAAACGCUCAAUAUGGUUUGUACCAAACGCCAGGUCCUCUUGCCGAUCAACAACGACUCCAAUCAAAGAUCAACGAACAGUCCGCGUACAUCAACUCCAAUGACUACUACACUGACUACGACUCCCCGGACCAUCAUCGUUUCCGUCGUGCUGCCACUACCAACGAUACAGUAUCUUUGGCCGUGGAACGAAUGCAAAUGAUGGCUCGUCUCACCAACGCCAUCUCUCUUCAAAAACAACUCAUCGGCGGAGCUGUCGAUUCAGAUAAGUUGAUUUCUGAACUUCUCCACUUUGGUUCUGUCACUGCUUCUCAAAUCCAUGCUCUCAAGUUUGCUGAUGUUAGCUCGGCUCUAGAACUUCUUGAAAGUCUUCCAUCUAAGCUCAAGGAUGAAGACAGCAUCAGGGAAAUUGAACAGUUAUUCGCCAAAAUCGAUAAGGUACUGAAGACAGUAGACGGCAUCAAGGAUGUGACGGUUUGGCCAGAGAAAAACACUUUCAAGACUGUUAUCGACAAUUUGGCUAAUGGCAAAGCAACAGAAUUUCCUUUGAUUCCUGAUUUGGCACAAAGUAUGGCAAGUUGGUAUGCUUAUUAUAAGGAUUCAACCUCCGCUAACGCAGAAGCAAGUUUUAUCUCUCAACUCGGAAAAUAUUCGUCCGAAAUACUGACAGCUGUAGAAAAGUUGAAAAGUGAAACUCCAACACUUUCUCUAUUUCCCGAUGGCAAAAGUGCAACCGAAAUGGUUCAGUUCCUUGAUAAAGUGGUGAAUGGGAUUGCAGCAGUUCAAGCAGAAACGUUAGUGUUACCCGCAAAAGAGUUUAAACCGCUGGAAAACCACUUAAAAGAAAUAAACCACGCGGUAACGAAUCUCACGUCAGUACGACAAAACGUUGAACUUGCUAGAAAUCUGUUCGUUUCUCGAGCAAACGGUGAAAAGUCAUCCAGUUACACUCUAGCGCUACCGGAAGGAUAUAGAGACAUCAUUCGACUGAUGGGACACUUCAACGAUCCAUGGUUUCUACAAACUGUAAAAGAUAAACGUCUUUCGAAAUCUCUCGAAUCUCUCAAAUCUCUUGAAGCUGCGAAUGUCAUUGAAAAUAUUCUUGGUAGCAAAGGAAGUUCGGAUCAUAAUGCCGCUGCGAUGUCAGACAUUUUCAAAAUCGUUUCUGAUUUUGAAACAACUUUUGCAACGUUUGAUUUAAGCGACAUUGAGCCAUUGAAGAAGUGUUUAAAAAUACCUGGUAAAGGUUAUGAAGAUGCGGAUGUGAAGACGCUGAUUCAAAAGGCAACAGCAAUAGAUCAAAAAUUGGAGGAGCUUCGAGUCGUUGUGGAAAGUUUGCAAACGGAUGUGAACAAUGCAACUUUUGUCAGCAACCUUCAGGAGUUCGUUCGAAUCGGUCAGAUAGUCAAGAAAAACGAUCCUGCAUCUGAAAAGAAAGCAUUAGAAGAAUUUGGAAAAUUGACUAUUAAGGAAGAUACAGCAGAAUCUGUGCAAGACAUGACCGCGGGAAACCCAGUAAAAGUUUCUUCUUUCAAAUCUCUUGCUAAAGAUACUCAGAAAUAUCUCGGUGCCUUCGAAGAACUUUUGAAGCAAGCCCCAGAACAUGUAAAUGUUCUCAACUGCUUCAUAAAAGUAACAAAUACAAAGCAAACAGUUGCAGCGAUUACUGCAUCCAAAGGAGUUCGAAACUCAGCGAAUGCUUACAAGAACAAGGUGGACAACGCUCUAAAGGUUUUGAAGUCAGUGGAGGACACGAAGAAAGAUCUGAAAACCCUGGAGACUCUCGAAAAUCACACACAACUUUCUAACACGAUCGGAUCUUCUGCCAACGCAAUCGGAGGAAUGAAAAAAGCAAUUGAUGCCAAGGAGAACAUUGAUGCCAUGAAAGCUGAUUUUAGUAUCAUGGCCGCCGAGGCAAAAAGCGCCAACAGUCUUUCUGCUGAUGAUAAGAAGAAUUUGGAAGAGCUGGCAGGAACUUCACUGGAUAAGAUGUUCACUGGAUUGAAUUCAUGGAAAUCUGAGGUGAAGGGUUUGAAUUUCACAAAUCUCAGCAGCUAUGGACAGGUUUUCUCGAAAGUCAAGAAGGUUCCCGCUAUCAAUUUGGACGUUGCCAAAACUCGGAAUUCGUUGAAGAAGUUGAUUGACGAAGUGACGGAUUCUACGAAGAAAGAUAAGCUGAAGAAGGUUAAGGUUAAGGAUGGACUGGAUUCGUUGGACGGAAUGGGAAUGCAGUUCGCGAGUUACGCCAAGAGUUUCGAUGGAACUACAAGUGCUUUGGGAUUACUGGAAGAGUUCUUUUCCAGCUUCACCGAGUCCAUUUCUGAGACUUCUCAGCAGUUCAUCCCCGCGAGCAACACCAAUGAUCAGAAGUCGGAAAAAGACUCGACCCAAAAAAAAGUGGCAAUAAUUUGUGGAUCUGUUGUCGGCGUUGUUUUCCUCGGGACAAUUUGCUUUGUAUUAUAUGUGUGUUAUUGUUAUGAACUACCGGAGAACCGGCGACAGAAAGAAAAGACAGUAAAUGUCACGGUCAAGCAGUUUGUACCAUCGGGAGAAUUGGAGACCAUUCUGAUGACUAAUGAGAAGGCGUCGAACUACUUGGGCUCCUUAAGACAGAUACUGGCAAAGCAAGCGGGAUUGGACAUGGUUUCGUUUAAGGCGAAGGAUAAGAAAACAAUCGCCAAGUUUUAUGAAAAUGUCAAGAAAACUUUCGUGGCAUGGGGUACGAAGAUUUUCAAUGCUGCCGAUGAGGAUUUGGCUGAGAACAAGAAGACAAAGGAUGUAAAUGAUGUAUCGCCAUUUGUGCAGCAACAUGAGAAUGAAACUCAACAUUUGAUCGAGCUGGUGUUAGAAACUCGAGUCACUGUGCCGACGGUGGUCGAUGAGAAGAGACCAGCUAGUAAACUUAUCACAUUUGUAACGGAUUUCUGUCAUGCAAAUUAUAUCCCGUUCAAAAACAACUUCCGCUUGAUUCUUUGUCAAGGACCACUGAAGGAAAAGAUCGUAAAAGGAAUAAAGAAACUCUCGACGAUCGUCAAAUUCUGGUUCAUGGUUUAUGAACACAACGCGAGUGCAAUCUUAAUGGCCUGUAAACUGAUAGAAGAAGGAGAGCAAAAAUGUGAUAAGUACUACCCGGAAAACUUGAAUGACGUUGUGGUGCAUGGACCGUUCACAAUCAAAUGUAUUAAAAUUGCAACUGAAGAUGAGGUCGUCCAUCGAACAUUUGAAUUGAUUGUUGAAGGCCAGCCACCUCGAUUCCUAUCGCACUUCAACUACGUAGGUUGGCCAGAUAAGAGCGUUCCAGCAAACGCUACAGCACUGGUCAAAUACUGGGAAGCCAUGAGAUGCAACCCUCAAGGUGGCAUUGUACGUCGAAACGCUGUAUCAGGAGACUAUGCUGAUAACGGAAAAGUUGCCCACCAACUCGUGUUCAGCAAUUUGAGACAAAGCAGAGCUCGUGUCGUACAAACAGUUGACCAGUUCCUAUUUUCUCACUAUGCCGUCAUCGAGCUCAUCGUUGAUGGCUCAUUUUUCACAAUGCUCAUAAUCCUCGGAGUUUCAGUUGUUGCUAGAACCACCAUAAUUUUCAUAACGACUUUGAUUUCGGCUUAUACAAAACAUGGCACCCAAUUAAACAAAUUAGCACCGCUAAUUGCUCUCCACGUGGAUUACUGUAGCAAUUAUUGCUCAGUGGUGUUGAUAUUUUUCAUGGCACUAAAUCGAUGUCUAUUUGUCGUGGCCGAAAAAUGGAACGGGUGGUUUUUCGAUGGGAAACGAGUGGUUUUUCCGAUAUCGAUAAGCUUGGUUUUGGGAUUUUUGAGCUCGGAAAUUAUAAUUUAUACGAAUAAAAUUAUACGAGUUUAUACAACGGCAUCGGGUUUUAUUGAUUACGGUAUGGAAGAUGGAUACAGACAGAUUAUAAACCGUAUAUUCUAUUUAUUCCCGUUUGCUGCUGUUCUCUGUUAUGUAAUUCUGUUCUGGUAUUUACGCCGAAAAAAUCGAAAAAAUUCAAUUUUUGAAAAUCCCCGGAAUCCAAAAAAUCGAGGCGACCAAAAAGUGGUUGUCCAGUUAUUAUUUACCUCUCUUUUUUAUACGAAAAUUGAAAUUUUAGAUAAUGUCAAUUCUAGUCGAGCUUAUGGAAUUUGUAUACUUUUCUCCGAAAGUUGA